GUUCAUUUCCUUCUCUCGUGAGCGAUUAGUAACAAGGAGUUUACAAUCAUUAGUCGACCAGAAGGAUCUUCAAGCCGAAAACAGGCACAACAAAGACAAGAAGGUCCGGAAAAACCCAAGUGAACGCGCCAACUACAAAGAACAGUGAUGCCGAUACAAACUAGGAGACAUGAAACCCUACCUAAAAACAAACACACACUUCCAGCACCCUAGUGGUGACCAAACCAAGGGGAGGCUGAUACAACUUAGCUGUCAGACCUCCGCCAAAGUAAAGCCUACAGGGGGCAUGGGAGCUCGUCGCGAGAGAGAACCAAGACCAGUGACGGAGGAGGCGUAGCUGCCCAAGAGAGAUUGCACACCCUCGAAUCGGUCAAAGUAGCUGCCAUGUGAGCAACUUGAUUUGCAGAACGGGGAACCCAGCUUCAUUCAACGGAGGAGGAGGCAAUCAGACGAACUAUCCAAGGAACGAUUUAGUUCAAUUCCAAUCACUGAUUUGAUCGUCGAAAGAGUUUAGCAUACACCACAUUGAUGCACCCUCAUUUUUUAGGUUAGAUUACUUACCAACUUGAAGAUUUCUAGUUCCAAGGCCGUCCAAAUAAGUUCCUGAGAUGAACGUCUUCGAGGAGGAACAAACUGUUUUCGAGAUUGGGGUGGUGGUUCCGAAGCGAAAUGUGAAAGAGGAAGAUAAAACUUCUGAUUGUGUGGAGGUUUUGGUGGAGGAGUUCAGGAAUUUGGGUUUGGUUGUUGAGAGAGUGCACGGCGUUGUGGAUGAGUUCAUCAAGCUGGCAGCACCUUUGGAGACGCUGGGGAGGGCUGCAGCUGAGUUGCAGAUUAAAAAGCGGACUGCUAUCGGGAUGGAUUUACAAUUUGAAUGGGAGGAGGUUGAUGCUUUUGUGAGGCAGCCUGAUGGUUCGGUCUUCAGUUGGUGUGAGCGUUUUCGCUGCUAUAGGCACUUAAUAUAUGGAAUUAUUAACAAGAGCCGGUCAAGUGUAACUUUAAGAUUUGAUGAUAAAGAAUUUUGUUGGGAAGUCGGGGAGUAUUUACUUCAGAAGUUGGAGUCAGAGAGGAUUGUCAAAGAAGUGUUUCCUUUGCAUGAUGAAAUAAAAAGGAAGAAGCUCCUUCACACGUGGGCACUACACUGGUGGGACUUCACAAACCAGCCAAUAGAUGAGAUUUAUGCAUACUUUGGUGCAAAGAUCGCCAUCUAUUUUGCUUUCCUUGGAAUGUAUACAAGGUGGUUGCUUUUUCCAGCUGCAUUUGGGCUUAUCAUGCACAUGUUUGAUUUUGGGUCAUUGCAGUUACUAGUGCUUCCCAUUUUCUUCGUAUGCAUAAUAUUAUGGGCUAUAAUGUUUUCACAGUUUUGGAAACGUAAAAAUAGUGCCCUCUUAGCCAGAUGGCAGAUUAGUUAUCCAGUUAGAACUGACUUGGGGUAUAGACAAGGUGUGGGGUGGAGUUCCUCACCAUCUGUUGAGCUCGCAAAAAAAUGGGGGACCGACAAAACAAAAGAAAAAGAAAUGUUCCAAAGAAUUGAGUGGUUUGGACGACUCAUGAGAUUCCGAAAUGAUGCUUUCAUUAUCUUCAGUAUUAUAUGCCUUCAGUUACCAUUUGAACUGGCAUAUGCUCAUAUUUAUGAGGUUAUUGAAUCUGAUAUUAUGAAGGUUGGGUUGACUACCAUUUAUCUUUUUGCCAUUCAGUUCUUGACACAGAUUGGUGGCAAGAUCUCCGUUAAGCUCAUUAAAUAUGAAAAUAAUGAAAACACAGAAAAAAGAGCUGACAGCUUGGUCUACAAGGUGUUUGGUCUUUAUUUCAUGCAGUCGUAUAUAGGAGUUUUCUACCAUGCCCUUUUGCACCGCAACUUUUCUACUCUCCGCAAAGUUUUGAUUCAACGCCUCCUUGUGUCUCAGGUGUUGGAAAACUUGUUGGAGAACAUUUUGCCAUAUUUGAAGUACAGUUAUAAGAAAUAUAGAGUUCGAAGCAAGAAAAAACGUGAAAGGGGUUCAUCAAUAGGGAAGAUCCAGUUUGCUUACAGGGUAGAAAAGGAGUACCUGAAGCCUUCUUAUUCUGCAAGCAUUGGUAUGGAACUUGAAGACGGGCUGUUUGAUGACUUUCUGGAGGUGGCAUUGCAGUUUGGAAUGAUCAUGAUGUUUGCUUGUGCAUUCCCCCUUGCUUUUGCUUUCGCAACUUUGAACAAUAUCACUGAAAUUAGGGCUGAUGCGUUGAAGCUUCUUGCCAUGUUGAGAAGACCAACUCCUCGAUUUUCCACAACAAUUGGAGCUUGGCUGAACAUAUUUCAGUUUCUCAUAGUUAUGUCUAUAUGCACCAACUGUGCACUGCUGGUAUGGUUAUAUGAUGAAGAGGGCAAAUGGAAGAUAGAGCCUGGCCUGGCUGCAAUAUUGGUUAUGGAACAUGUCCUCUUGUUGAUCAAAUUUGGUUUCUCCCGCUUUGUUCCCGAGGAACCCGCUUGGGUAGAAGCCAACCGUGUGAAAAACGCAACAAAUGCUGAGAACAUGUGCUCUAAACAGCUCUUGAAGAGUAUAUCUGGAGCAAGGACGACAUUUGGUGAUGUUAAGAAGUCACAAUGAGGUUAGAGAGUCAAGGGUUUUGUAGAUGCCUUAUUCUCAUUAGCUAGAAAGUAAGACGGAAUUGUUUCCAGAAUGCGGUUAAAGACUUGAGCUUUAACAGAGUUGAUGCCGAAAUGGCACCGAAAUUUCGGUUUUAGUAUUUGUUUGUUCUCAUGGUGGUGGACUGAAAUUGUUUUGUAGGUAGAUGUAUAGUAUUGGCUAGUAUUUCUUUUCCCUGGAUUGCUUAAAUUCACAUUAACAGAUAUAGCAGAAAUGUGAAGCAAUUUUGUUAUUA